UGCUCUCCCCCGCUGGCCUCUCUGCUCCCAAACGCUGAUGUGUUACUAACUCCAGUCCACAACCCUGCAAGAAAACAUGUUCAGUUUCGGCUCCAAACUGCUGCUGCUGUUCCUCCUGGCCUUCCCAUGCGGACUCGUGUCCGUCGGCCUCGUCCGUGCGGACUCGGACUCUGCUGAGGACCCCGUCGAGGACCCGGACGCUGCAGUAGAUGACGAGGAAGACGAUGAGGAGAUGCUCGUUGAAGAGGAUCAAGUACAACAGUCGGAAGGAGACGACGAAGACGAUGCUGAUAAGCAGUUAACUUCCCACUCGGACGCCGACACAACCAUCAUCUUCAUGACAGGAGAAGAAUUUCCUGCCAAUGAGAUCGUGAAGUUUCUGGUGGGUUUCACCAAUAAGGGGAGUCAGGAUUUCACCGUUCAGUCACUGGAGGCCUCCUUCCGCUACCCUCAAGACUUCCAGUUCUACAUUCAGAAUUUCACCGCUUUGCCCCUGAACACCGUGGUCCAGCCCCAGGCUCAAGCCUCCUUCGAGUACUCCUUCAUCCCAGCACAGCAAAUGGCUGGCCGGCCCUUCGGCCUCGUCAUCCUUCUGAACUAUCUGGACACUGAGGGCAACGGGUACCAGACUGCCAUUUACAACCAGACCGUCACCAUCACUGAGCUGGAGGAAGGACUGGAUGGAGAAACGAUGUUCAUGUAUGUCUUCCUGGUUGGACUCGUGGCUCUGAUGCUCUUCGGGGUGUAUCAGGUCCUGGAGACGAGAACGAAAAAGAGGAUUUCUCUGAAAGUAGAGAAGGGCACCAGCAGCAUGAGCGACGUGGACAUCAGCUGGAUUCCGCAGGAGACCCUCAACGCUAUGAACAAGGCUUCUCCUAAAACGUCUCCCCGGAAACGGACCAAGAGGGCAGCUGGGACAGACCAGUAAACCUGUCACUUUUUCCUCGGUCGUCAAAACUACUUGGCAGACUUUCAAAACUUCCUGCUACAAUAACCCGACUCGAUUUUCUGUUUAUGGAUCUUGUGGAGCAACUUUUCUGGAGUUCAGUUUUGGGCCGUGAAUGCUGGUCUGGAUCUGUUCCCCUCAGGCUGCUGCUGGUAUCCUGACCAGAGGUCAGCCUGGACUCCAGUCAUCUUGUUAAUGUGCGACCUUUUCAACACUAACAGGACCCAACUAUAAUACCUUUCUAGAGGGACUUUUUUUUUUUUAUUAUUUGUAUGUGGAUGAAAGGUGAUUUGAUAAAUAAAUGAAAAGCAGUUGCAGUAAAAAGGGAUGUGGAACAAACUGUUCUCUUUAAGAGCAUUCAUAUGAAUGCUGAGGAGUCAUAAUCACAAUUUAAUUUUAUUACCGCCAGUGUCUUGUCUGUGUUAUUGGGAUAAAGUGAAAAAAGUUUUAUUUGUAGAAUGAGACGAUGCUCUCCCUGCCAUCCAAACACCACCGUGCCUUAUCUGUAAUUAUGUGGUCCUGCUAUGGAAAAAAAAAUGGAUGCAGUCCAUUUACACUGAUGCCCUGUGCUCCCAACAUCCAGCUACAGCUUGCCUGAGGGUUCGAUAAACUUUCUGUCUAGGAGAAGUUUCCUGUUCGAGUGGGCGAGGGGUAAUGGCAGCUGCAAGUACAA